GGGCGAAAAAGGUUAGGAACCCUUCAUUUAGGCUGAUAUACAAGCCAUUAAUCCACAUAGGCACAAGGAGAAUAUUUAUGCCUUGUACCUUGCAGGCAUUUAAAACCAAAUCCCUGAAGUUAUCAGUGUGAUCCGCUCUUCCAUCCAUUUUCUUAAACAGCUUUUUACUCAGAGGAAUAUUGUAGACAUCUGUAGCACAUCCAAAGAGCAGCAGAAACCAACAGUAGGUGAGAAGCUGAGCUAUUACAGGGCAUACACGGUGACAGUGAGCCAAUUUAAAAUUGCCAGGUUACCUGCAUAUGCUUAGAAUGUGUGGAAAAAAAGUUCCCAGAAAAUAUCCAUACAACAGCGGGGAUUUAAAUUUUCUGAAAACUGCUGGUUGGUUAGUAUUCAGAUCUGGGCCACUGGAGCAACACUAACCACCGGUAAAGAAAAAUGAAAGAUCGACUUGGUGAUCUUCAGAAUUUCAGUGAUAAUUCUACUGAUAAACUAACUAAUGAUGAAACAGACAAUGAGGAACUGGUUCAGGAAGCCAUCUUGUUUGAUGAGGAUCAUAUCAUGGAUGUUUUGUUCAAAGAAGUUCAUUCCUUGCGUCGAGAAAAUGAACUCCUUAAAAUGGAGGUUAAGAGGCUUGGGAAACAAAACACUCGUUUCCUUACCUCCAUGCGCCGUAUCAGUAGCAUCAAGAGAGAUUCCAACAGCAUUGCCCGUGAUAUCAAGACUAGGGGUGAGGGAAUCUACAAACGGCUACAAAAGAUGGAGGCUUCUAGUAAAGAGAUUGAAGAAAAAUAUGGUGUCAAUUCUGCACUAGCCCGUAUUGUACGGGCACAGCUCGUAUCUCUGACAAAUGGAUUUCGUGAUGCCAUGUUUGAAUAUAAUGAAGCAGAGAUGAGUCAGCGGGAGAACUGCAAAAUCAGAAUUCAGCGUCAGUUGGAAAUCAUGGGAAAAGAUGUCUCUGGAGAUCAGCUUGAGGAUAUGAUUGAAAAAGGGAAGUGGGAUGUUUUCUCUGAAAACCUUCUGACAGAUGGAAAGGCAGCUCGUUCUGCCCUCAACGAAAUUGAGAACAGACAUAAGGAGUUACUGGACCUUGAGAGUCGCAUUCGCGACGUUCAUGACUUGUUCUUUCAAAUGGCAUUGCUGGUGGAGGAGCAAGGAAGUAUGCUUAACAAUAUUGAAAUGAAUGUUCAACGUACUGAGGACUACCUUGGUGAGGCCACAACUCACAUCAAGAAAGCUGUGGAAUACAAAAAAAAGAACCCCUGCCGACAGCUGUUUUGCUGCUGUUUUCCUUGUUGCAGAUAACCAGACAUUUUGGUGAUCACUGUUUUUGUUUUGUGUUUUUAGCCAUCACUAUAGGUGACUAAUCCCACAAUGAAAGUUGUGAUUUGUUUCAAAGUGCUUAAAAGUUGAGACAUACAAGUUUUCCUUUGUAUGCAGAUGGCUGUGGCAAUAGUGUUUGCUUUAAGAGAUGACAAAAGGAAGUAUGCAGCGGUGAUAAUAUAUAAAAGCAAAACAGUAAAGUAAGCAAUCAUCAGGCAUGUUACUGAUUUGUUUUGGUUUCAUAUUGGUGCUGUGUCAAAAGAAGAAAUGUGUCUCAGGGCAAAAUGCAAAAUCUAGCAUUUUGUUAGUAUUAUGUGCUGCCUUCUGCUGUAAACACGUGGGCUACAUUUCCUUCUCGGGGUUCUCGGAUUUUCUUAAUACACUGAACUGUCACAACAUAACUUGUUUUUGCUCACAUCAUAAUAUUUUAAGUUUCACUUUUAAAUCUUCUCAAAUUCAAACCCAGAGCCCUGUCAGAUUGACAGUUAAUCUGCCUAUAUUGAAACAUUUUCUUCUAGGCCAAUAUUCUCCAAGAAUUAUCAUUAUUAAAAGCUGAGCUGAGAAUGAUAGAAUGGAAAUUAAAAGAUUUUGAUUGAAAGGUAGUUUUUAAAAAAUAUUUGCAAGAACAAGUGUUUGUAUAUUUUAAUACUUGUAAAUAAGUGCUGUAAAAAUGUGUAUGACUGUUUUGGUAAUGUGGUGUGUUCUUUGUGUGAGAUAUUUAAAGAAAGGUUCACAUGUGAUAUUCAAACAUUUAAUAAAAGAAGAAAAGCUAUUUA